AUGCGAAUAAAUGGUAACGAUAAACCAAUAUAUCUGCCACCUGGUCGCCACGGUGAGGCGAGAGCAAUAUUAGACCAGGCCCACGGUCGAGGCUACGCCAAAAACAACGUAGGGGUGUUUAACCAGGCCACACCCAAAGGGUCGAACCAUAGGGAACCGCUGCACACCGACGUGUUGUUUAAUGAAUGUUAA